AUGAGCCGAGUUGCGCGUCACUGCUCUCUCACAACGACCACCAUGUUCGCCCUCCUCCAAUGGUCCCUGGUGGCCGUCUCCGUCGCUAAUGUCCUCUCAACUCCUCUCUCAACCAGCCCGUAUGUCGACGUUAGCCCGUCGCCGCUCACGUUGGCCCCUCUUAUGGUUGCCGACCACCCCCAUGGCACCGUGAACAACUCGUACAUCAUCAUGCUCAAGGAUAACAUCCCCAGUGUCCUCAAGCAGACGCACAUGAACUUCCUAUCAGGAGCUGCACAGGGAUCACCUCUUCAAGGGGACGACCUCGCGGGCGUCACUCAUAUCUAUGAGGGCCAUAUUGACGGUUACGCUGGACGCUUCUCAGAGAGCGUCAUCGACGAGAUCCGGCGCAUGCCUGAGGUUGCGUAUGUCGAGAAGGACCAGAUUGUCCGCACCCAGGACGACACUACUCAGAGGUCGGCACCCUGGGGCCUGGCUAGAAUCAGUCACCGCCCCAAGCUUACUUUCUCGACAUUCAGCCGUUACGUCUACGACCCUUCGGGUGGUGAGGGCGUUGACGUGUACGUCGUCGACACUGGUAUCAACAUCAAGCACGUCGAGUUCGAAGGCCGUGCUUCAUGGGGAAAGACCAUCCCGGUGAACGACGUCGAUGACGACGGUAACGGCCAUGGUACUCACUGCGCUGGUACCAUCGCAUCUCGCAAGUACGGUGUCGCUAAGAAGGCCAACGUCAUCGCCGUGAAGGUCUUAGGUUCCAAUGGAAGCGGAAGCAUGUCCGACGUCGUCGGUGGUGUCGUUUGGGCUGCCUCGCAGGCUAAAGCGAAGGCUGAGGCCGCCGCCGCCGAGUUCGCUGCUACUGGCAAGACCAGUCACAAGGGCUCCGUCGCCAACAUGUCCCUCGGUGGUGGCAAGUCCCAGUCCCUGGAUGACGCUGUCAACAAGGCUGUCAAGAAUGGAUUGCACUUCGCUGUCGCAGCUGGAAAUGACAAUCGGGAUGCUUGCAACUACUCCCCGGCCGCGGCCGAGAAUGCCGUCACCGUCGGUGCCUCCACCAUUGGCGACGAACGCGCCUACUUCUCCAACCACGGAUCAUGUGUCGACGUCUUUGCCCCAGGCUUGAAUAUCCUGUCCACCUUCAAGGGCUCGCCCGAAGCCACUGCUACCCUUUCCGGUACUUCCAUGGCCUCGCCCCAUACCGCUGGUCUCCUCGCCUACCUCCUCUCCAUCUACCCUUCGACGGAAUUCGACCCCGAGAUCGACGCAUUCGGGAAUAUCGUCUCUCUGCAAUCCCAACGUGUGCUCUCUUCCCCAUUCUCCUCAUCCGUCUCGCCCUCGUCGCUCUAUUCGAUCGCUCACCGUGCCCUUCCAUCGUUCAUGACGGCUUUCCUUCCGAGUCCGCGCCUCUUUGACGCAGUGCUGGCGCCGAUUCCCAAGAAGCCGGAGACGCUAACGCCGUUGCUGCUCAAGAAGGCUCUCUUGGCCCUCUCGAGCAAGGAUAUGUUGGCGGAUUUGCCGGCCAAGACCGUCAACCUUCUUAUCUAUAACAACGCGACCGUCUCAUGA